AUGGCGGCGAUGGCAUCGACCUCUCGCACGACGCUCGAUAUGGACCCGGCCGAUCAAGCGUGGGCCAUCACCGAGAAUCGCUUCCGUGCUCGGGCGCGGCUACGUCUUCAAGCGCGUUCCCGCCGACCUCGAACCCAACCCCCAGCUGUCCCCUCCAUCGGUCCCAAUGCGAAUCUCUCCACUGUCCCCUCUACGUCUCGCAAUGCGCAGCUCGAUCCUUCUUCACUCAGCGUCGUCGGCUCCAAGGGCAACGUCGCGCGUACUCGCAAGGUGGACGAAAACGAACUUCCGUUGCAACGAGACAAAUCCCUGGGCGACUAUAUCGAAUUCGACCUCUCCAAGCUGCACAACUCCAAAGGUGGAUUCCUCAUCGAUGAUGAAGACCCGUCCGCAUCCACCAAAAAGCUCGACGACUUACGAAAAGAGAAAGAGCGAGAAAAGCAACGCAUGCGGGAUUACGCCGAACCGGGUAUCUCGUUGGAUCUGGCCACCAGACCGACAUGCGAGAACUGCGGCAGCCCCGAGAUCGUCGACCAUCCCUUCAAACGUGUGUUUGGCAUCAUCGUCUGCAAAAAGUGCGAGCGGGAGAAACCCGAGCUAUAUUCACUCCUCACAAAGACCGAGGUCAAGGAGGACUAUCUCUUGACAGACGCAGAGUUGAAGGAUGAAGAACUCAUGCCCCAUCUCCUCAAGGCAAAUCCGCACAAGGCGACGUAUAGCAACAUGAUGUUGUUCUGCAGAAAGCAGGUCGAGGAGUUUGCCUUUGGACCGGGCAAGUGGGGGUCCGAGGCGGGGUUGGAUGCCGAAUUUGAGCGGAGGGAGGAGGAGAAGGCCAGGAAGAGGGGGAAGAAGUUCCAACAGGGUCUGGCGGAUUUGCGGAAAAGAACGAGGGACAACGUCUGGCAGAGGAGGAAGGAUGAGGAGCAUGUGCAUGAGUGGGAGGAGGCGGAGGAGAGGGGCAAGGCGGUGCAGAGGUGUACGCAGUGUGGGUACGCCGUCGAGGUCGAAGUGUUCUGA